UGUAUGAGUGUGAAUUGCUUAAAAAAACGCACACACCCACACACACCACCCACCAAACUCCAGAGCCUCUGAUUUGGCAGCCUGGAAGGAGGCUGUGGGUGGAACAUGCCAGAGUGUCAGAGAGAGGGAGAGAGACAACUGCUCGGUGACAGCAGCUGCCGCAGCUACAGCAAGGGGGCGAGGCGCAUUUCCUUCCCUCUUUCUCUGCCGGAGAAGCGCCUCCUCUCCUCGCUCCGCUCUCCGGAGAGGAUCUAAAGGCUCAGAGAGCGAAGGGCAGACCCUGCUGCUGCUUUAUAGAAGGCUCCGAGGAGGAGCUGGUGGCGCCGGCGGCGGGAAGGCAGCAAGGAGGGGAGGCGGCGGCAGCGGCAGAGAUCCUGUGCCACUGAUUCCCCUCCUCUCGAUACAGAGACCCCACGUAGCCAACAUGGAUCCUGGAACGAGGAGGACCAGGGUCGAGGAAGGCAAUCUGCCGCCGCCGCCGGAGGAAGAGGAAGAAGUGGACCCCAGGAUUCAGGGGGAGCUAGAAAAGUUGAAUCAAUCUACAGAUGCAAUCAAUCGGAGAGAAACGGAGCUUGAGGAUGCACGCCAGAAAUUUCGUUCUGUUCUGGUCGAAGCUACAAUAAAACUAGAUGAACUAGUGAAGAAGAUUGGCAAAGCUGUAGAAGACUCGAAACCUUACUGGGAAGCACGGAGAGUUGCCAGGCAGGCACAGUUGGAGGCGCAGAAAGCAACACAGGAUUUCCAGAGAGCUAUUGAGGUACUGCGGGCUGCUAAGGAGACCAUUUCCCUUGCAGAGCAGAGGCUGCUGGAAGAUGACAAACGUCAGUUUGAUUCUGCCUGGCAAGAGAUGCUCAACCAUGCCACCCAGAGGGUCAUGGAAGCAGAACAGACGAAAACUAGAAGCGAGCUGGUGCACAAGGAGACGGCAGCCAAAUACAAUGCUGCCAUGGGCAGAAUGAAACAGUUGGAGAAGAAACUGAAACGGGCUAUAAAUAAAUCCAAGCCUUAUUUUGAACUCAAGGCAAAAUACUAUGUGCAACUAGAGCAAUUAAAGAAGAUGGUGGAUGAUCUGCAAGCAAAGCUGUCUUUGGCAAAGGGUGAAUAUAAAACGGCUUUGAAGAACUUGGAGAUGAUCUCUGAUGAGAUUCAUGAGAGGAGGCGGGCCUCUUCCAUGGGGCCUAGAGGAUGUGGUGUGGGUGCUGAAGGCAACAACAAUUCAGCAGAAGACCUUUCAGUGUGCAAAUUGGAGUCAGACAAUAUCUCCAUGGCAUCAGAAGUAUUUGAAGAUGAUAACUGCAGCAGCCUUGUUUCUGAAGAAGACUCUGAAACCCAGUCCGUAUCCAGUUUCAGUUCUGGUCCAACAAGCCCUUUCGACAUGCCAGCUCAGUUUCUCCCAGUGACGCGGCCUAGAAGCUUGGAUCUAUCCAGCCCCAUCUCGCUGUCUGACUUUGGGGUAUUUCCUCUACUAGGUCCUCGAAGUGAAUGCAGCGGGGCUUCUUCUCCUGAAUGUGAAAUUGAAAGGGGAGACAGGGCAGAAGGAGCAGAAAACAAGGCACUUGACAAAGUGAACAAGAACAAGAGCAACAGCAGCAACUCUUCUUCCAGUGGCACAGGGUUGGAUAACAGAAUGAAGCAGCUCUCCUUACAAUGCCUGAAAGUCAAAGAUGGGAUUUGCGCAGACAGAAAAAUAGUGCAGAUUGGCUGAGGUUAUGGCCUAUCAGAGCUAAUGAGGAAGCAAAAUUAUUUAUACCCAAACUUCUUCUGAAUGGCAGAAGAACCUUGUGCCAAUAACUAUUUAAUAUAUGCCAAAUCUUUACGCGUUGACUCCUUAAAACUGCACUAAGAGUUACAUCAGUGUUGAGGGCUGAAGUUUUUUUAAAAACAAAAAUAUAUAAGUGAAAUCUUUGUUGUGACACAAAUCCGUCACAGAGAUCAGCUGUUUGUGUUGUACUUCACAGGCUUUGUAAGAUGUCUUGUAGCAGUUUGGCGGAAGCAAUAACUAGUACCGUCCCCAGUAUGGAGUUCUCUGCCACUCGCAAACGGAAGGCUGAACCAAACGCUUGGGAGUGACCAGCAUCCAUUUUGUAGGCAGGCAUCCAUUUUGUGAGCUGAGCUGCUGUUUUGAUACAGUAGAGAAUUCUGAGAUGCCAGUGGCAUAUCGUUUUAAAUACCUUGUACUUUAAAUGUCGGCAUUAUACUGAGGUUGUAGAACUGUUAUAUUUUGGAUUAUAAAAGGAAGCUGUUGCAUGUAUUGAGCCUAGAAAGCUUCACUCUGUCAGCCUCCAGAGCUCAUGGGUGAUUAAAAAUGAUACCUCAAGGGUGGUAACAUAAUUACAUUUAAUAUUUGAUAGCUUUCUACCUUUUCAGAUAUUGGGGUGGGGAGUUUAAAUUAUGAAUUUGGUGACCAAAAUGAAAUGUACAUUAGAACUCUUUUGUUUGACACUGUUCAGCACUUUUAAAGUGUUGUGACAGUAGUACCAUUGACAUCUAUCACUAGGCAUGGAUAAGAAUUACAUUUUGGCCUACCAAGUAAAAAAAAAAAAGAGGAGGUAUGCAUGAACAGAUGAGAGUAUUUACCAGUUAGGGUUGAGAGAAGAGUGAAUAAUAAUGUUUCUGUAGAUUGCCAUACAUAGGGUUUGUAAAGUAAAGGGAUUACUAAACUUAGCAUCCCUUGAGCAAAACCGCUGAGUGAGAGUGGACAGGGAGUUAGGGCAUGCUUCAGUAACAGCUGUUAGGCAGUAGAGAUGGCUGGUAGUUAAGCUAAUAGGAGGUAGUUAAGAAAUAGGACCUUCCCCCAGUAGUUAGCAUUUCUAAGAUUGUCAUACAUAAUGUCUAACAGAUUAACUUAUUUAUUUUCUAGGUGUUUAGCAUUGUGUGUCUUGCCCUUCUCCCUAACAUUUUUGUUCUUUGCCUUACAGACCUGUUUGUAUAUUGUCACUACAAUAGCUUGUAAACCUAUUCUGAAAACAAAUGUAAAAAUCAUUCACACUACAGUCAACAUUUCCUCCACCCUUUUUACUUUUUCAUGUGUAGUAUGGUUAUAUGGAAAGUGCUUGAAAAUGCUUUUAGAACAUUUCUUAUAAACACCCCCCCCAAGUAUUCACAAGCCUUUCAUGUGACUGUUUGGCAUACAUUUUAGCUGAGGGAAUGAAUUUUACAAGUGCCAAACAGAAGAAUGGUAACUGAUAAAAUGAAAAUGAGAGAUUUUGGGGUGUGUUUGUGUGGAAGCACGUUUAUACUGAAGCACAGAGCAAAACACAAGUUUUGGGGGCAAGCCAUGAGCUUUAUUUGGACAUUCAAAAAACAAAGUGCUGAAAGCGGGCUCGAAGUCCUGCCCUUUACUGCACUGCUCAUGCUUAUGGCAGCAGUCACUGGAAAAGGGAAACACUGUAACCGUGAUGGCAGCUCCUUCUGUGAUCAGCAGCCUGAACACCUAAGGGAUUUUCUGAGGGGUGUGGUAGUGGCCAGCAUUGUACAGUCUUGAAUAAGAGGCCAUGUUGUCAACCCUAGCUUUGCUGGAAGCGCCAUGUUUGUUCAGGCACCACAGAAUGGGCUCUGUUGGCAGUGCUUCUGCAUACCUUCAUACAUUGGUUGGCUUUGUUGAAAGUUCAGUGGAGUUAGAUGCAUGCUGGAUGUUCAGUUGACACCUGCAUUUCACACUGGAUCCACACUUACUGUAGCUCCUGCUAGUUCUCCAAGUAUCUGCUCUGCACAGUGGAAGUAUGUUGGGGUACAGGGUGAUAGUAACAGUCUGUGUGAUUCCUGGGAGUGAGAAGUUCUUUUUUAGGGGUUUCCUACAAUACAAUGCGUUUCCCUUUCUUCUUCCUCUCAUUUGUGUAUUUGAUGUGCUGCACAGGAAGGUCUUGUGUGGUUGUGCUCCAAGAAUAGGAUCCAGAAAUAAAGCCCUAUUGGAACCCUAAA